AUGCCUAGGAGAGUUACUGAGGCCUUGUACAGCUGGGAGGAGGCAGGUGCCCUUGCAAAAGACAGAACUAGAUGGAGAAUUAUCCCUGCUUCAAUAUGGUGGGCAAUCUGGAAAGAAAGGAAUUCCAGAUGUUUUGAAGGCAUAGAAAAUAGUGUGCAGGAUUCCACGAAGUGCAAGUGCAAGUUGUCGAAAGUGAUUUUGCCUAAAAAUGGAAAAGAAGGUGCCAGCAAUGAUACUGAAGGUGGCAGCCUAACGAGAACAAUAAAAAGAAAGUGGACACCUCACGGAAAUACAAAACGCACUCUUCGCAAGCAACAAGUGCAUCAAGAUGCUAAGUAUUGUCAUACCCGUGCUUAUAGUAAAGGAGUAUGUGCAAUGUGUGGAAAUGAAGUUCUUGACACCAAGUUAUACAAACAGAACAAUGUAUGAUGAGGACAUGGUGAGGACCUAACUUCUCUGUUACCUCAGCACUCUUAUCCUAGAGACUAGAGACUAGAGA